UGCCGCCAGCUGCACCAGAUUGAGGGUGUGUGUGUGUGCGUGUGUCUGUUAUCUCUGAAAUCGCGACCCAGAAUCCGGUGAGUGCUGGCGAAUCGCCGAGACCAAAACAACGACGGCGACGGAAACGUUGGAUUUGUUGUGUAGCGCCAUUUCCCACCACCCAACAGCAUGGAGAUUGUUGGGAACUACGAGUACAACAGCAAGGAACUGAUUGGCCACGGGGCGUUUGCGGUCGUCUUCAAAGGACGCCACCGAGAGACCCACUGCCCGGUGGCAAUCAAAAGCAUCACGAAGAAAAGCUUGGCCAAAUCGCAAAGUCUACUCGGGAAGGAGAUAAAAAUCCUGCAAGAGCUCAGCGCCCUGAAGCACAAGAAUGUGGUGAAGCUGCUGGCCUGCACUGAGAAGGAUCAUAAUGUCUACCUGGUGAUGGAGUACUGCAAUGGUGGCGAUUUAGCGGACUAUCUGGCAGUGAAGGGAACUCUUAGCGAAGACACGAUACGACUGUUCCUCGGCCAGCUCGCCAAUGCAAUGAAAGCCCUCUACCAAGCCGGUGUGGUGCACCGGGACUUGAAGCCGCAAAAUAUCCUCCUGUCGCACAACUGUGGCAAGGGCUUACCAGUUCCGGCAAAGAUUACUCUUAAGAUAGCCGACUUUGGGUUUGCACGGUUUCUACAGGAUGGAAAUAUGGCAGCAACCUUGUGCGGAUCUCCGAUGUACAUGGCUCCGGAAGUGAUCAUGUCACUGCAGUACGACGCCAAGGCGGAUCUCUGGUCCCUGGGGACCAUCGUUUUCCAGUGUCUCACCGGGAAGGCACCAUUCCAGGCGCACACGCCGCAGGAGCUGAAAAUGUUCUACGAACGCAAUGCCAGCCUCGCCCCGAAGAUUCCAUCCGGCACUUCCAACGAGCUGACGGACCUACUCAUGGGGCUGUUGCGGCGCAAUUCGAAGGAACGUAUGAACUUUGAUACCUUCUUCAAUCAUGCCUUCCUGCCGCGGGCCCAGACGCCGCAAAGUCACAACGAUCCAGCUCAACUACCCGGUACGACCACGACUCAUUUUGCGGUUGCAGGCAAGUUGAACAGUCCCCACCAGAAGACGGCACCGGUAACACUGCAGCAGCACCAGCAGCAGCAGCAGCAACAGCAAAAACAUCUCCAGCAAAUGAAUCAGCCACCACAGCAUCAUCAACCACAGCAGCAGCAUCAUGAACAGCAACACAUAACUCAGGUGCAGCAGCAGCAGCAGCAAAAGCAGUUGCAGGAGUUGCAGAAGCAGCAAACGGUUGAAAACAACAACGUGCCGCUUGCCGAGAUUGACGACAGUGUGGCAACGCUCAGUGCAAACAACACAUCCAACAGCAGCCCGGAAGAGUCGGAUGAUUUUGUCCUCGUGCCCAAUAAUCUCCCGGUCGAUCCCUGCCAUGGUGGUGGUGGUAGCUACGACAAGAGUAAACCUGCUCGAGUGCCUCAACCAAUGUCCCAGGCCCAGGCGAGUCCUCCCCGACCAAGCACGCUUCCGAUCUCGGAACCGAAACCCGUACCGACUGCUGCUCGCAAAGUGUCCCGUCCUCAGGCGCAAACACCACCAAAGAAUAAUUCCAUACCUCGAUCGGAGCCGAUUAACAUGAAGCGAUCGGAGCAUCGAAGUAGCAACUGUGAUAUCCGAUCGAUUUCACCGCCGGCGGUACAGUUUGCGAUCGGGACGCCACCGUCGUGUGGGCGCCGCCGAUCCGCUUCCGGUGGUUCGCUCUCCGAAACACCGCCACCGCCCAACUGCUGGACAGUCAGCCCGGCCUCGCACCAGUCGCCUCUUCGUCGCUCCGGAACCAGUUCGCCAGUGCUGACGAAUGCACUAUCGAAACUUCCGGCGCUCGGUAGUCCAACGUUGCUGACCGGUACGGAUAACAACAACCACCAUCACGCCACUGGCCAUCCGUUGACGGCGCGUGCGUUCACGCUACCGGAAAUGGGCGCGACUGGUGGGCUACAGAGCUAUCUAGACGAUCACAACAUGGACGAUCAUCCGAUCAACUUCCACGCGCCGGAGCUGCAUGCCGAAACCCUACUGGACCGCGAUCACAACGAAACGCUGGCGAAACUUAACUUCGUCAUUGCGCUGACCGACUGCAUACUGGAGGUGGCCGAUUCGCGCUGUGCGCCCCUCUCGGCCCUGAUGUCCGCUGACGCGCAACCGAUGGUCCCUCAUCCGCCGGAGCACUGCAAACGGGCCGAGCGGCUGGUUUUGCUGGUGCGCGCGCUCCAUCUGCUUUCGUCCGGACUGAAUCUCGCCUCGUCCCAGAUACAGGCCGGGCAUCUGAAACCCUCCAACAGUGUUAAGAACGUGCUGACCAUGAUGCACGCUAAAUACCGCUCGACGUUGAUCGAAUCGAAAAAGCUAAACGGGGCCGGUUUGCUGCAGCGGGCCAAUGCAAGCAACAUUACCGCCGACAAAAUUCUCUAUGAUUACGCGAUACAAAUGUGUCAGACUGCGGCUCUGGACGAACUGUUCAACAAACCCGCGGAGUGUUUCCCACGGUAUCAGUCGGCUCAAAUUCUACUGCACUCGCUGGCGCAGAAAUGUAAACACCCACAGGACAAGAUUUUGCUCUCGAAAUACAAAGAUGCUGUCGAAAAACGGCUGUACAUAUUGAAAGGGCAAGGUUACAUCUACACCACUGACGAGCUAUCCUGAAUGGAGGCUAGCUACUAAUGGCCGGAUCCUCGAUGCCAAUAGCCCUAAGUCCGAUUACGCAUGCUACCGAACUUACAGGCCUCGGCGACAUCCUUACAAUAGCAACAGACUUUACUUUGGAACAAGGAAAAAAAAGUUUAACAUCUACCCCCUCGGCUCAUGAAUGGAUAGUUUUAUCGAUCCUGAUUAGGGUUGUAUAUACUGAGAGUCCCGUGGCCCAUGCGUUCCGUUAUUUUUUUCGGCCAAAUCCGCAACGACAGAUGACGACAGUCCAUUAGAAUCAGUAACUGAUUUCUGUUUCUCCAAACGCUGACCGAAAGGACAAUGGAGAAUGCAAACAUUAGGUAGAUAAAAUGGUUCUGCCUUAGAUUUGUAAAUAAGGGAUUUCUUACCAGCUUUUCCGAUAGUAAUUUUGUGCGUCAACCAAAACUCGAGAUGGCAAACAACCGAGUAUCCGCGAGCUCCGUGGUAGAGGUGUACAACAAUUGCAAACGCUAGGUCAGCAGGGGUCACGCUAAGGCAGUAUUAAAUGCAGAGAGAAGCCCCCGCACUACACGCUGUGUAAGCUAUGUAACUCGCAAAUGUAUUUUCUUUCCCUGUAAGCGAUCGGACGUGUUCUGGGGAAAAGGUUAAAACUUAUUGAAAAACCAAACAAAAACGUUAAAAUGGCUCGCUUCUCUAGAAACCACAAAUAAUCAUCUGGGUCAGCUCAGUCGAUGCAAAGCAAGGAAACUUUCGUCAGUCACUUUAACAUCAUGUCGAGGUCGUGAGGUCGAAGCUGUAGGCAGACUCAGAAGGACACCAACGUGUGAUAGCAGUGCGGCGAUCGUGAUCGAUCGCCAAUGGAGCGUGUGGCGAAAGUGAUAAAAACGGGAUGGAAUCGUGCAUGCAUAGAUAGGGGGCAGCGUGAAGAAUGGCGGAAAUUGCGCUUUUUAUUCUAAUUUGCUGCCUUUCACAACCUACCUAUAGGGAUAAGAAAACAAAUAUAAUAAUACUAAUAAAACCCCAAGAUACAUGAUAGUACCUAAGUACAAAUUCGAGAAAAGGUAAAUACAUAAAAUGGGCCCCGAUAGAGCAAGGCUGCGGAAUAGAUGGUGCCAGACAGGCCACCAACCUGCGUAGCAUUGUGUACUCAUGGAUAAUUCCACUUAAAUGCCCUCUAAAGUGUAAUGUUUUCUAAAAAUCGUGACCCGGCGGAUAUACUUUCCAUCGCGAGCCCGUCACAACCUGGCGAAUUUGUCAUUUGCGGCCUGCCAUGGAGUGGACUACGGAUGCAAACGAGCAGACGGACAAAUAAACAUUAUUCAUGACAUCAAAGCAUAAAGUGGGGGAAAAGAGUGUGAAAUCGUUCACACAAUAAACGUCUAUAUAUAAAAUGAUGUUAUCCAUCCGGGUGGAAUGAAGUUUAAAGCUAACUACCAACCAACUGAAACACACAGAGCCAAACUUCGUGAAUCGGCAACGACACUAAAGCUCACCAACGGCAAGCAAUGUGCGAUAGGUUCACUUCGACCUGGCUUUGUCCGCGUCCUUUUGAUCGAUGAUCCUGGGCGGGGACUGUAAAGUGCAAACAAGCAUAAUCCUCACGACGGCUGCUGGUGCAGUUGCAAGUAAGCUAGUCUAAUAAGGACCUACUAUCGACGGUGCCCACAAAAGAUCACGGGUCUCGAGCCAGCGGUGUGUCUUAUGGACGUGCCACUCAAAUAAACCAAAUGCAAGA